CCUUGACGUCACCUGAAUGAGGAAGUCGUGUCACAGCGAGCAGCCUGUAGCCGGAUCUCUCCCGUUACUUUUUCCACCACCGUUUUCCAGGCUCCAGCUCUCUCCCGGUGAUGUCCGGCACCGCGACGGCAGACAGCCCGGCUCCGUCCAGCCUGUCCCGCUAUCUGGACGGGGACUUCUGGCGAGCCAAGGAUGUUGUCCGGGAAGGGAUUUCUCAGUGCGAGCUGUUCCACACGAGCAGCUACGACCUGACGCUGGACCAGAACAGAGAGCUGACCAUGGACAGACUUCAUUAUGUCAUGCGGAUGCCUCUCAUGAGACAACACCUCAAAGACCAGGUGAAGGAAAGACAGCCGGGCUUCAUUGCCAAGACUGUUGGCCUGACGGAGCUGAUCUGCUUCGCUGACAUGGCCACGGGGGUAAAGCUCGGUGUGGUCUGUGGUUUGUAUGGUGGAGCCGUAACCAACCUUGGCAGCCCAGAGCAGAAAGACACGUGGUACCUGCCUGCCACUGAUCUUGAGUUCACAGGGAUGUUUGCGAUGACCGAGCGAGGGCAUGGGAGCAACGUGCGGGGCAUCCUGACCGAGGCUCACUACAGCCCUUCAACCCAGGAGUUCAUCAUCCACACUCCCUGUGCUGACGCCCAGAAAAUGUACAUCGGCAACUCCAUGAAGGGAAACUACGCCUCCGUGUUCGCUCAGCUCAUCAUCGACGGGCAGUCACAAGGUCCUCACUGUUUCAUUGUGCCAAUCAGAGACAAGCAUGGUGUCAUGUACCCGGGAGUGACUGCUGUUGACAUGAAGCACAAAGAAGGUCUGCAUGGAGUUGAUAACGGCAUCCUGAUCUUUGACAAUGUCAGAAUACCUAGGGAAAACCUGCUCAGCAAGUUUGGCAGCGUGUCUGCAGACGGUGUGUAUUCGUCUCCCAUCCAGAAUAAGAGUUGUCGGUUCAACGCCAUGCUGGCAGCCCUCACCCCCACCAGACUGGGUGUCACUGUCCAAGCCACUGCUGCUAUGAAGCUGGGCCUCAUCAUCGCAGUCCGUUACAGCCACAGUCGUCGACAGUUUGGUCCUAAGGAUCAAGAUGAGGUGAAGAUUAUAGAGCACCAGACCCAGUACCUCAGGCUGAUGCCUCACCUCGCUGCAGUCCUGGCUCUCAUCUUCACCAACAGGUUCGUGGCAGAGAUGAUGGAUGACGCUCUGUGCAGCGGGGAGGAUCUGGAGAGCAACAGGACCCUGCAGGCCCUGGUGGCUGGACUCAAAGCCUACAGCACCUGGCAGAACGUUCAGUGUCUACAGGAGUGUAGAGAGUGUACUGGAGGGAUGGGUUUCAUGAUGGAGAACCGUAUCCCGGCCGUGAAGUGCGACUCAGACGUCUUUGUGACGUUCGAAGGAGACAACAUGGUGAUGCUGCAGGUAGUGGUGCGGGAGUUGAUGGCCAAGUACACUCAUCAGAUGGGGACCAGUCUGGUGGGCGGGCUCAUCAGAAACUGGACCAAUAGCAUUUCAGACAGCCUGCAAACCAGUUUUCUAGGUUUCAGUACAGACAGGGUGGGGGACCUCAGUUUCCUUCUGAAGGCCCUGGCCUACCGAGAAAGAGUCCUACAGCGCAGCCUGGCAGCCCGACUCUACGAAAAGGUGCAAAAGAAUAAAGAUCCGUUCUUCGAUGCCUGGAACUCCUGUCUGCACCACAUCACCAGUCUGGCUUUGGCUCACAUACACACAGUUACCCUGGAGCAGUUUGCUCUGGCUGUCCAGCGCUGCCCCGUUGAAGAAGACCGCGCCUUGUUAACUAAGUUCUGCCUGCUGCAUGGAACCAGUCUGCUGUACCAGGAGCGAGGCUGGUACCUGGAGCACCACUACCUGACCCCCAGCACCAGCCGGCAGAUACGCACUCAGCUGCUGGAGCUGUGCAGAUCGGUAAAAGACGAGGCGCUGAAGGUAGUGUCGGAUUUCAACGUCCCAUCCUGCUGUAUCCAGGCACCCAUCGCUGGGAUAGCCAAUCCCAGGGCUCAGUGGGCCUUCUACUCGCCGCCGGACCCCGCCCACCGAGACUCACCUCUACCUCAGCAUCCCAGAGACAACAUUACCUCAAAACUGUGGUGAGUAACAAGGCAGUGUGGGCAGCUACAAAGUGC